AUGUUUCCGAAACUGGACUUGAAUAUGUCUACUAACAACAUAUCGGUCACUUUACCCCAGCCAGCUGAUGUUACAGUAAGCAACAUAGCUAUUGAGAGCAUGGAGUCAUAUUACGCGAACUCAUCAAUGGGCAUCGAUGCGACCGGAAAGGAAUUAUUCGCAGCCCAGAGAAUACCGAGUAUCGGACCAUUGGUCGUCAUUACAUGGAGUCCACCGGAUUCGAAUCAACAAGGCACGAAAAUACUGGCUUCUGAACAAACGAAACCGAAUCUUUCCAUCACGGAGUACCAAGUCUAUGUGUGGAUAUCACCUUUAACAAGUCCUCACCCGUCAGAAAGAAAGCGAUUGAUCCAUUUUUUGUCGGAUACCAGAAUACCGCUUACUGAUCUCCCACUUAAAACGUUGUUAAAAGUCUGGAUUCGACCGCGAACUACCUAUGGAUGGGGAAAGUUUACCAAAGUGGAACUCCGAUACCCCAAACA